CUACAAUGCCGGACAAGGAUGAGAAAAGCAUCACGAACUCGCCUUUCGCGUUCAACGAGGAGGGAAACAAGAUGAAGGUGUCAUUUAAAGACAUCGUCAGCGACAUAUGCAAGUUGGCCAGGGGUAAGCCGGCCAUCGGCCCACGACCUAUUCACAGGGAGGACGUUUGACAACGCAACGAACGUAGAGCUUACAACCAUGACGCUGACUACUUCUACAACAACCACCCGACGCUCAUGGGCAGUAAGGCCACUGGGCCGUCCACGUUCCUCUGUCUCGGUGUCGACGAUGUAUUCGCAGGGCCGGAGCCCGAUUUGCUGACGGCCACCCACCAGCGCAAGGGCCAUCCGGACGACAGUGUGCAAAGGCAGAACAAAACGAACAUCAGCACGGUGCCCAACGCCUGGUCGCUCAUGGCGCUUCUGGUGUGGCCCGGGGCGAGAGAAGACGGGACGAGGAAAAUCUCUCUCUCUACAGGCGGCGAUGCAGAAGAUGACCGGGAGGCGCGCUUGAUUCACUGGCUCGGCAAUAAUACGACCUUUCCACUGUCAAGGCCGGACAUCUUGGCUUCAUGUAUACCACGUCGUCGAAUUGGCACGACGUCACCAUCUGACAGUGGAUCUUCUCCGCCGGGCCGGACCACAACCACCCUUCGUGGAAGACGCUUGGUUAUCUCUUCGCCAAGUAUCUGCGUGACCUCAAAGAUGCCGUCAACAACGAUUCGAACCGCUGCUGCCCAUGAGACCGCCCUUAUGGAUGGCCAAGGCCUCCGCGGACGUUGGACAGCUCGCCGAGUUUCUAACAGGGCAGGGCGGAGGAGCCUACAUUAAAACACUUGCCUCUAUGUUCCCGGAAGCGGGAAAGUGGUUCAACGACGUACUAGAGGGUCAGGUCGACAAAGGCUACGGUUCCAAGCAUGAAAUGUCGGACGUGCAGUUCAGUCUGAAAGAUACCCUGGAGAAGUAUUGGGGGCAACUAGGUUCGCCAGCCAUCUCAGAUGGGUCCAGAGACCAAUGGCCCGCCGGGGUAG